AUGGCUCUUCCCGAUCAUUGGCCACAUGGGUAUCUGCACGUCGACUGGAGUCAUUCGGGACUUCGCGGGGCCGUACUUUGUCUCAGAAGACAACAUGGCAUUUGGGAAGCCAGUAAAGUACUGGAAACUGGAUCCUGGCAAAGUAUACUCCACCGGUCCCAAUGCCUGGGACACGGCCGUACACGAUGCCUCGGAGGAGUACAAGCACCGAAUGCACAACCUUUGCUGUGAUAACUGCCAUUCUCAUGUGGCUCUGGCCUUAAACUUGAUGAGAUACGAUAACAGCACCUCCUGGAACAUGGUGAAACUCUGCUUCUUCUCCCUCCUGUAUGGGAAGUACGUAAGCAUAGGGGGAUUUGUGAAGACCUGGCUUCCCUUUGUCCUCUUCUUGGGGGUGAUCGUGACCAUUGUUCUGACACUUCAUUUGCGGUGA